AUGUCCUUUUCAGAAGAUGUGUUAUUAACCAAGCUGAUGGCGGUUAACGAGACGCAAGAGUCUAUCGUCAAGAUAUCUCAAUGGAUUCUGUUCCACAGAAGACAUGCUGAUCAGGCUGCCGUGGCUUGGUACAAAUAUCUAGCUCAAGCACCUGAAAACCGUAAACUAGGUCUCUUUUACUUGGCAAAUGAGGUUGUUCAACAAUCUCGAGCCAAAAAAAAGGAUGAAUUCGUGAAUGCAUUUGCAAAUGUCUUUCCAGAUGCUAUAGGUGAAUCUUAUAAACACCUCACGCCAUCCACUCAAAAUAAGCUUCGACGACUGGUGGACGUUCUGAAGCAGAGAAGCAUAUUCCCUCCUACAACUAUACAAGCUAUCGAAACCCGGUUAUCAUCUGGAGGUGGACCAACCAAAAAAAUAGGAAAUGGAAUUUCAGGCAGCUCACUUGGGAUUCCAUCGAUUCCAAGCCAGCUUACAACUCUAUCCGCUUUGCAGAAAACGGAAUCCGACUCAUCCGUCAAUGCUGACAUAAAUUUAAAGAAAGCAUUAAACGACUAUUCUAAUAUAUUUGAUGGAGAAACUCUCCCAGCGCCUCCUGUGUACAAUUCACAACUAUCACUGCUCAUCACAAAACUAAACUCUGCCGAAGCAUCGCUGAACAGUCUAUUAACAACAAGGAGAGGGUUAGUUAAUGAGCUCAGACGGUUGUUGGAAACAAAUGAAAGAAACUUAAAAAAUACUGAGAGCCAAUUGAAGGACCUUGUUGAGAAAAAUAAACAUGCUUCAGAGACUAAACAAGAGCUCGCUGAGAUAUUGGUAGGGUCAACCGAAGAACAGGAAUCUACAACUCCCGCCGACUCGCCUUCAGCUCCCAAUGUUGAGGAACUUACGCCUCCUGCUACUGAGUCAUUCACCCCUCCUGCAGUGUCAUAUGAUGAUGCCAUCGACGAUUCUGUGGCGCCAGCGUACAGUCCAAAUAGCUCGGAUGAAGAAGACGAGGACGACGAUGAGCCCUCAGCUAAGAAGCAAAAAACUGCAAUUGAAAAUGAACCAGCCCCUACAAUUGGUACCGAUCUUGAGGGUUUAGACCCAGAGGUUGCUGCCUUCUUGUCCAACCUGGCCCCUUCAUAA